AUGUCGCUGGCGAUACAGAACCGAACUUUCGAGUUCCAGCAAUGUGUGUCGUCCUACGACAAGAUAAACAGAAGACAGCAAGGCCCUCAGCGGCAGGAUAAUCAACCAGCUAAGAAAUCAAGAUUCUCUCAACAGGCUUCAAUCAUAGCUAAAGACAUCGCACACACAACAGAGCUAUUACUGAAGCUUGCACUCUUGGCCAAAAAGAAACCUUUGUUUGACGACAGGCCAGUGGAGAUAGGCGAGUUGACGUAUGUGAUCAAGCAGGAUAUAUUCAAGAUCGAACAAAGCAUUCAGAACCUUCAGAGGUUCGCCAAGGGAGAGCUGUCAAUUCAGAUGGACUCUCAAGUCACACAGUAUUCCAAGAAUGUGUUGAACUUACUUAAUUCGAAGAUGAAGAAUGUCAGUGGUGAAUUCAAGAAUGUGUUGGAGCUUAGACAGAAGAACGAGCUUAUGAACAAGACCAGAACAGAGAACUUCCUCAGUGCGGCAACUAAUAGACGACAGAACUCUCUGACGCCGCUAAGCGACGGUGGCGAUUCUGGCAGGGGAACAGGUGCCAACAACUCAUUGCAUAAUUUGGGCGAAAACCCAUACUUACUUACCGUCGGGGCGGAAGAGGAAGCAUCACAAAACGGCGGUAAUGAGCUCCUCUCAAUUCCUGACCAGACCAGGCAGCUUCUCCUAAUGGAAGAGCAAAGCAAUGAAUACCUACAGCAGAGAAACAGUGCUGUGGAGACAAUCGAAGCCACUAUCAACGAAGUGGGCAACUUGUUCCAACAGUUGGCUACUAUGGUUACCGAGCAGGGAGAAACUAUCCAAAGAAUCGAUCAAAACGUUGAGGACAUUGAUAUGAAUAUAUCAGGCGCCCAGAGGGAAUUGCUCAAGUAUUAUGCGCAUAUAUCGAACAACAGAUGGUUGUUCUUGAAGAUCUUUGGAGUUUUGCUCUUCUUCUUCUUUUUGUGGGUCAUGGUGAGCUAG